GAUUUUUAGAUUUUUCUAUCAUCAAUCAAGAUAAUUAGUACUGUUAUAUAGAUGAAUCUAUUUUUAUUUAAGUACGUCAAUUGAAAGUUGAGAACAAUAUGGCUAUUCAUAAUAAUCAUCAAUCCAUUUUUAUUAAUUUUUGAAUAAUUUUCUCUCAGUUUUAUUCCACUUUUCAUCAUUGUUAUGUAAAUCGGAGAAGCCUGGUUCUUUGUCUGGUCAGACUGGACAUUGAACAUCAUCUGUUCAGCUAUAUCUUCCUCCUGCCAGCUUGUCUGCUUCUAACUUCUAUGUCUAUCUAUAUAUUGUUGUGUCAAUCAGUGUUGUUUUGUGUUUGUUUUAAAUGUAGGUAUAGGAUACGAUCUUGAAUAUUGUACUGUUGUUCUCUAGUCUUUCAUUAUUGUUCAAUUUUUGUAAGAUAAUGGUGUUCUCUUGUCGUGAGUCGUGUAAGAGAAAAAACGAAUGAAUAAAGGACAGUUCUACCAAUUAAGUUGGUGACCAGAGGAUUUCGUAAACUGCGAACAUCUAGGCAUAUGAAGACCGAGAUCAAUUAUUUUCUUUGUUCAAGGGCAAAAUAUCUUGUAAAGACAUAACUACGGAUGUAUUUUUUUUUAACCGAGCCUCUUUUGUUAUUUUGCGGUACUCAGCAUACAUUUUGAUAAACUCUAUGCGUUUUGCAUCUCAUGGGCUGAUUUGAAUAAACACUUCAUCAAAACAUGGGAAACUGUUUGAAAGGAUCUUCAGCAGACGACAUAUCCCUUCUGAGAGGCAGUGAGAGUGCAGCAGACUCGUCCUCAUCGGAUCAAUUAGGCCCUCCUCCACCAUACAGAGUUGAAUCACUUCCCGUCUACUAUCCUUCUCCUAACAUCAGUCGUCCUGCCUCACAGUUAACUGAAGAGGAACAAGUCAAAAUUGCCAAACGUCUCGGCCUGAUUCAGCAUCUUCCCACUGGAAUAUAUGACGGUUGUAAGAAGAAUAGAGAGUGUGUCAUCUGUAUGGUGGAGUUCCAAAUGGAAGAUUGCGUGAGAUACUUGCCGUGUAUGCAUACCUACCACGUCAAGUGCAUAGACGAUUGGCUGAUGCGUAGCUUCACUUGUCCCUGUUGCAUGGAGCCAGUAGAUGCUGCAUUGCUCACUAGCUAUGAAACCAACUAGCCGCUAGCCCAGCCGCUAGUUGCGCUUUACUGUAAUAAAUAAAAGAUAACUGUGAUGAUAGAAAUCCAAAGUCUGAAGCAGAAUACUUGAUGACGCUUGCAUACUUAUGCAGGCUUACUUGGUGUCAGCUGUUUUUGUCCAGAAGCUAGCUAUGUAACUGAUCGAUCAAACCAUCGAUGAAAUGUUUCCUCAACAUCAUCAAUGUUUACUGCUCUUGCGGCUUAAUGCAUUAAAAGAGUUAUGGCUGUUAUUUAUCAAUGUCAAUGAAUACUAUACAGUGAUAGAAUUUGUCCGAACCUAUAUGCUUUUUGUUAUUACUAAUUGAUGAUAUUAUUUUUUACUAGAUAAAAUAUAUUAUUUUCCACUAUAUAUGAUAUUAAUACAUACAUGGAGUCCUAUAAUUUAUAUUUAAUGUAUUCCAUAUUAUACUUAUACAUGUUUUUGGUGUUAUUUUCUACUAAUAAUUUUAUCUAUAGACUCACUCUUGUUUCAACCUAAUACAAAUAUAUUUUAUCAAUGGACAGAACUUAUUAUAUUAUAUAAAUAGAGAGAUUUAUAAUAUUUAUCACAUGUAUUCAUUUUAGGAUUUAUAUUAAUGAACCAUUACAUCACAAUUCAAUUGCAGACACAUAAACCGUGUUGAUGUAGUCGUACUAAAUAAUCACAUGAUAGUUCUAUAAUAUUGGUUUUAAAUACUCGGAUCGUUUUUUGUGGAACCUUUUAAUUGAUUAGCGUAAUAGACAAAUAAUUUGUUGAGAUUUAUGUAAUUGAAAUAAUUGUAAAUAAUCCAUCAGAUAUUAUUGUGACCUUCUCCAGUCUCAAGUAAAAAAAUGUUUUAAAGGAAAAUUAGUUUAAGUGGAAAUCAAUAUAUUAGAUAUUAAUAAAUUAAUGAAGGAUUUUGGCUAAAUGACUGUGUGAUGGUGGAACUUUGGCUACUUUUUUGAAAAUAAUUUAGUAUUUGUUGUUUUUUAUAUUAAACAUUGAUGGGCAAAAGCUUGAAAGUAGCAAAAGUUCACUGUAUUUUUUAUAUAAACCAUAGUGGUGAUAGACGCUUAGUGAUACAAUGUACAAAUAUAGUAAUUUGGUAUUCAUAAAUUGAUAAUUGAAUGAACCAAUAAUAAAAUAAUCGAAAUUAUAUUUAAGCAUUAUUCAUUAAAGAAAGCUACAGUAGAUAGGUGUUUCGCAAAUGAUGAGGAUUAUAGGCGAAGGAACAUUCAUGUUUCAAGUUAUAGAGUUCAUUAUUAUCUGAUCUGUGGAUCAUAAAUUCAGUUUAUACUUCCUAACAUAAAACCUGUUGAAAGUAUAAGUAUUGAUAGACUAUAGUGAGUGAAACAUGCUUAAUUCCUCCCAGCAUCAUACAAUAGGUCCCUUAAACACUGAAAGCCAGUUGCACGAAUGCCAAUUCACCUUUCAUCUCCUUGCAAUAACGAAAUUUAAUGAGAAUUAAGCAAAGUUUUUGCAAUUACAAUGGCCAAAUAAUUUAAGUGUCUUCAAAUAUUAAUGAUUUUUUCAUCCAUCUUCCUGAUGAAUUUGUACUUACAUUAUAAUUUUAGUCUUUGAAGUUGGAAAGGAACGGUAUUCUUGCUUUCCAAAUUCCAAGUGAAAUCUUUAAAGAGUUGUAAAAGCUUACAUUUGGACUAUUUGUUAGAAGGAAGUUUUGCAUGUUGCCUAUUCAUCAUUUAUGCUGAUUUAGAAAAAUAUAUAUUUUUCAUCCAGUUUUGACCACUGCUGUUGAAAAUAAAUUAAUAAUGCUGUUCAGGCAAACCAGAGUAAAAACAAGUACUGCUAACUUACACAUUAUUUAAUCUCACAUUUCUUACUUUUUUAUAGGUUGAUUUUACUAAAUCUGAAAAGGAACUGCGAAUCUAUUAGUAGGUAUUGAAGAUAUUUCAAAAUCGAUAAAAUCUGUCAAAGUUGGAAUAAUAUUCAAUAAUGUUUUUUUCAACAUUAACAAUGAAACUAUCCCAAUCCAAAUAAAUGGGAAGAUUGAAAAUAUUCGACAUUCAAUGAAAUCUCUACGUUAUGAUGAUAUUGAAUAAUCAGAUUAAUAAUUACUAGUAGUUCUGUGAACAGUAGACCUCACGCAGUAUUCUCAUCCACAAGUACC